UUUAACAUUACAAAUAUGUAAUGUGUAAUACAUACAUAAAUAUGUAUCUAUUUCUUAGUUAAGUUUAGAUAAACUUUUAUACAACAUUAUCAUAUGAUUUACCUAAAAAAAGGUGGGGAAUUAAUGUUUCCGUAUUCAAUACUAAUGUUCAUUCUAUCAAAUCAUAUAAUAAACACGUUGUUAUGUUUGCCAUUGAAAUACUGUUGAUUAAUUUUUAAAAAUGUUCAUCAAUGUAGUUUUUUUCUUUAUACUGCAAAAUGCAUUUUUCAUAACAAGUUUAUCCUCGGAGUGUUGGACUACAGGUUGCCAACUAGAUACUUGGUCUGUUAGAGGAUGUCAAGAAUAUAAUAUGAGAGAAGUAGGUCGUCAACCGUGCUAUAAUGGUUUAAUGUUUACAUGUUGUAGCUAUACAGAUGAUGCUAUAACUUUUAAAGACCCUUUGAAUGACAAUGGAAGUUUAUGCUGGGAAACAGGAUGUCAGCUUAAUAGUUGGACUAUUAAGGGAUGCGAGGAAUAUAAUAUGGUCACUAUAAAAUCAAGACCUUGUGAAAAUGGUAAACACUAUUAUUGUUGUCAUUCAAAUGCACAAGAAACUUCAAACGUCAAACCAACAAUACCAUCUAAAAUGACGACAAAAUCUCCUCCACUCUUAUGUGGAAUAAAUAAUCCUGAUGCACAUCUUAGAAUUUACGGAGGAAAUGCGUCUCAAUUAGGUGAUUGGCCCUGGAUGGUUGCUUUAGGAAUCAAAGAAGUCGAAAAAAAAAAUCGCAUCCAAAAAUGGCCAUGUGCAGGAACAUUGAUAUCAGAUAGACAUGUCUUGUCAGCAGCUCAUUGUUUUUCACGAAAACAUCAAUUACAAUUAAACACAGCAAGAUUUGGUAAUAUAAAUCUUGACCCUAAUAUAUCUGAUGGCAUGUCAUCUACGAUAGACAUUGGAAUAAAGAACAUAACGGUUCACGAGUUAUAUGAUCCUAAAAAUACUACUCAUGACAUUGCACUUUUAGAACUAGAACUACCAGUGCACUUUAAUGAGUUCAUUCAGCCAAUAUGUUUACCUGGGAGUGUUAAUUUUUCCGAUGACACCAUGUUGACUGUUGCUGGUUGGGGUACAACUGCAGAAGAUCCAGAAAACACAAAUUUAAUGCAAGUAUCAGUUCCGAUUGUGAAGAAUAAAAUUUGUAAACGCUUGUAUUCUCAUUUACCAAUUGACGAAAAAGUUAUUUGUGCUGGAAAUUUAAAAGGAGGACAAGAUUCAUGUCAAGGAGAUUCAGGAGGACCAUUAAUGUGGAAAAUAGAAGAUAAGUACUAUAUAGUGGGUAUAGUAUCUUAUGGACUUCUUUGUGCGGAACCUAAUCAACCUGGUGUUUAUACCCGAGUGACUUAUUAUAAGAAAUGGAUUACUAGGCAGAUAAAAAGACGAACUUGAGAUUUUAAUAUUGAAGACCUAAUAUUGUAUUACUACAUUUUAAGAAUAAUAUUGUUAUAUGUUAAAUAUUUCCGUUAUAAUAGUUCUGUUAUACAGUUUUAGGUUAGGAAAAUAUUUGAUUUAUAUUUAUAGUAAGUUUUUUUUAUUGAAUUAUUCUGUUCAUAUAAUAAACUGUAAAAAAAUGUAUGAUUUAAAAUUUUAAGUGGUAUUUAUGUAAAUGUGAAUUUCAUUCAUUAAUAAAUAUAUGUAACAUUAAAUAUAUA